GGUUCGUGGUUAUUGAUGUUUUCGUUUCUCGUUGAUCGAUCGCGAACGAGGAAUACAACCUGGUCGGCGCGCCGCGUCAAACAAGAAUAGUGGGUACGUAAUGCUGGCGGGGAGGGAUGUGGUGAAAUCGUGGGGAUGGGACAAGAACGUCGCCGUGAAGCUGGAGCUUCUCUUGUUCUUCCGUACAUACGCAGUAGAAUCGCCAAGCCCAGAUCACUGACGACGGCUCACGGCAGACAACGUACUGUAGUGAAGGCUGGAGCUUCUGAAGCGGAUCCAUUCUCCACUCAAUUGCCUGCCGCAAAAGCGACGCUCACCCAUCGGCUUGCCCCUUUUCAUUCGGGAGGGUUGCUUUGUUUACUUUUAUCCGCUUUGGGGUGUCAAUGCAGCCCUCAACUAUCUUCGGUUGCUGCUUGGAUGAUUGCCAUUAUCAUCGUAUGGUCUACCAUCAGAAAUGUAGCGCUUUCUCUUCCUGGCGCUUCUCGUCGCUGAUUUGCGGCAGUCUCAAAGAGCUCUAUGGAAAUUCGGUGGAAGCUUAUACGUAUAGCAGGGCCAAGAUGCAGAUGUCAACGUCCACUUUGGCUUAAUUGACU